AUGAAUUAAUAUGUUUAAUUUGUAAUGAAUAUUUCCGGAACAGUUACAGUAUCAAAUCCAAAAUUAGAAACUAUUCCAAGAUGUCUGCUUCCAUGACCCUGGGGAGGAGUCUCUGCCAUACCCUCAAGAGGGUACCAAAGAUUCUGUCUGCCCCGAGGGUGAGAAGAUGUCUACGUUCUCGAGAAUUCAACACUACAUGCAGAUCAUUAACAUUGGAACGUGGCCAAGACUUUGGAGAAAUCCGUCCUCCGGUAGAUCUUCUGUCUUCGGAGGAAACCAUGAUGAAAGAAUCAGUGGCCAAAGUAGCUAAAGAGGUCAUCCAACCCCUGGUAAGGAAGAUGGAUGCUGAAAGUCAAAUGGACAAAUCUGUUAUGGAUGCUUUGUUUCAAAAUGGGUUGAUGGGUGUAGAGAUUCCUGCUGAGUAUGGUGGUACCAAUGGGUCUUUCUUCAUGGCCAAUCUUGUGAUAGAGGAGCUGGCUAAAGUGGACGCAUCGGUCAGUGUCAUGUGUGACGUACAUAACACGCUUAUCAACUCUCUCCUUCUAAAACUUGGUACCAAAGAACAAAAGGACAAGUAUCUUCCCAGGCUUGCCACAGACACAAUUGGGAGUUUUUGCUUGUCCGAGACAGAAUCGGGAUCUGAUGCAUUUGCUAUGAAGAUGUCAGCCCUAAAACAAGGUGAUGUCUAUCUUCUGAAUGGAACCAAAAUUUGGAUCACUAAUGCGGAACAUGCUGGCCUGUUUUUAGUCAUGGCGAACGCCAACCCUACAGCUGGUUACAAGGGAAUCACAACUUUCCUUGUAGACAGAGACGCAGA